UGAUUAGGUCACAUUUGAAAUAUGGCGGAGGCUGCAGCCAAAACUGUCUUGGACAAGAUCAGCCAGGGGCAUCUGGAAUGUCCGAUCUGUUGCUGUCUUUUUAAGGAUCCCAAGAUGUUGGACUGUCUGCACAGCUUCUGCCUGAACUGUCUGGAAGAGAUGAUGAGCAAACAGAAGCCAAAGGCAAAGAAGAUAACAUGUCCAGUCUGCAGGAGAGAGACACAAGUUCCUGAUGGAGGAUUGCAGAGUCUUUCUUCGUCUUUCUUUCUCAGUUCUCUUGUCGAUGAGGUAAAACAACAGGAAGCGGCAUUAGGAGAAGCAUCAGCACCUACCGCCACAUGUGACUGUGGAGAAGGCAAGGAGGCCAUGUGGAGGUGUCUUGAUUGUAGUGAUAACCUCUGCCAGAAAUGCCGCGAAGCUCAUGAGAGGGUCAAGUCCACCAAAGACCAUCAAAUCAUCUUGUUGGGAGAUUGGCACAAAUCAAAGAUGCCUCCAGCAGAACAUAGCAAACCCAUCCCCCGAAUGUGUACGAUCCACAACGACCAUCCUUUGUAUUUCUACUGUGACACCUGCGACACCUUAAUCUGCUCAAUGUGUGCCACAUUAGAUCAUCGGUCGGCAGAGCACAAUUUGCUAAAGAUUGAUGACUCUAUCAGGUCCUUCCGCACUGACGUUGAUAACAUACUGCAGGAGUUCGAGAAGUGCAGGCAGCGCUUCAAAUCUACUGAAAAGUCAAUCGAACAUGCACGAAAAAGAUUGCAAAAGAAACUGGCUCAGGCUCGUAGUGACAUUGAUGCAAAAGCGGAGGCAGAGAUCACUAAAAUCAGAAACAAAGCAAAGCUUCUCACCGACAAGGUCAACGAAAUUGGUCAAGAGAGAGACAGCGAGUACGAAAAGGCGCUCAUGCACAACCGUAAACAGAUGGAACGCGCAGAUCAGACCAUCGCGGCAGUAAAUGACUUGAUGAGUCAAGCCGAUGAUGUCGAGCUUUUGGAUCUCAAGCCAAAGGUGAUGCACAACUUGGAAUUCCAGAAGGAGCUCAAGUGUGAACCGGCGAAUCAUGGUCCGUCAUUCAUUGGUGUCAAAUGUCAAGACGUUGUGAGUGAUGAAGAUCUUGGGGAGGUCUGUGUCAGCGAGAAAUGGCAGUCAAAGGAAGAGUUUGGCAAAGAAGGUACCGGUGAUGGGGAAUUUCAAUUCGCAGCGCGUGUUGCAUGUUUCACAAAUGGGGACAUCGUAGUAACUGACACAGUUUUGAACAGGCUAUCGUUGUUUAGCUCAACUGGAAGGUAUAAAACAUCGGUUGCUCAGGGAGAUGCUGGGCAUCAGUUGGAAGCUCCUUGUGGCGUUGCGGUGACCCAUGAUGAUCUGCUUUUUGUCACGGACCAAAAGAAAGUGAAGGUUUUUGACACUGAGCUCCAGUUUGUUCGUGAGUUUACACUUUCGGCUGACGAUGCCGAUGGGCAAUCAGAGAGUGACCUCACUGCUGUUGCUGUUGACAGUCAACGAGUAGCAGUUGCUGACAUGGGGCGAAAGGUCAUCAGUGUCCACAACCUGGACGGAUCGAUGAUUGCAAGCAUCUCAAACAAUAUGGUCAAAAAUUUCUUGACAAUAAGCAAUUUUGGCCGUUUAGUCUUCACAAACUACGAGGGCCAAAGUUUGCUGUGCGUUAACUUUAAAGGUAAAGAGAUGUUCAGGGUCAAGACAUUCAUGAAUGGCAAAGCUGCUCAGCCAACUGGAGUCCUGUGCGAUGAUGAUGAGACCAUCUAUGUCGCUGUUCAUUCUGGCAAAAGGGGAGACUCUGAAGUGCAGCGUUAUGAUUCAAAUGGUGCAUUCGUAGCAACAGUAGCUCAAGGGUUGUUCAAUCCGUUAGGAAUGGCAUUCACACCCACUGGCGAUGUAGUUUUUGCUGACAUAUACUCUGUUAAGAUUUUUGAGCGGAUGUGAUUUGCCUGAUUAUGGCCCUCCGAAAAACUAACCACUGCACUCCUACGAUUUGCCAUACAAGGCCCCGCAGAACAUGACAUGUUGUAGUUGAACCAGGGCUGUUUACAUUUGCUACAUUCCUGAUAUUAUAAUAUUUACCCAGAUUGUAAAACCUGUUCGAAAUUAAAUUAACUGGUAACGUUGGUGUGUUUCAGUUAAUCUCCCUCAAUGUAUUUUGGCAUGUGCGUUGGCCUGGGUAGGCCUACAUCGCGUUAUGGGGAAGUUUUUCAUUGUUAGGAAAAUACCGACCGAGUUGUUGGGACUUUCUGCUGUCCCCACAGCAUUUUCAGUCCUCACAAAUAUGAGUAGGCCUAUGUUGCACUCUGCAGUAAUAAAGUCGGAAAGAGAAAUCUAAUCAUAAACAGUGGAGAAAGAGAAAAAGCAUUUCUUGAACCGUAAAACAGUUUUUGCUGACAAAAUAUUUUUAGAUUGAAGGGACCGCUACUUCUUAACAUUCGACAUUCAAUUCACAAAAUUGAAAAUAUAUAGUCAUCACUGUUCGUAAGUCCAUAACUUUUAUAUUAGGUAACAUGAAAUUUUAGCUCUAAACGCUGUGUAUUCAGAGGAAAAACUAAUAUAGGAUCUCAAUUUCAUUUCAAAAGUUACUGGGUCUUACGGGGUGAUUCAAAAAAAAUAAAAAAUUGUAAGCCACCCAAAAAAGCCAAAUCCUGGGUGCGCCACUGCCUAUUUGUAGGCAUUUUAACAGUUAUACUCAAUUUUAUUACUAAAUGAUCAAAUUAUUUAUAAACAGCAAAAUUUGCAAUGGAUCUUCUCCUGUGGUUAUAUUAUACGUGUUGUACAAAAAGAAGGCUAACUCCAUGCAAACAUCUCACUGUAAAUGCUUUACAUACUGUACUUUCUUAUGGAGAACUUUGUACAUGAAACCCCAUAGACAAAUUGGUGAGAAAAGUGGGAUCCUGUAAACAGGAGAAUAGCCAAUCAAUAGCCACAAAUUUUAACCAAUUGCUGAGAAGGCUUGGAGGGGCAACCAGCCAAUAAGAGAUCUUGUUCUGUGACACUUGGCAAGGCCUGACUAUGGGCCAAUGAGAAGUAGGGUUGGUUCUUUACAUCCUAGAAGUAGAAAGUUUAGGCGGGAAGGAAAAAUUGCUGGGCAGUCACUUUUGUCUCAGCCUCUGAAGAACUGUAUAGUCAUUUUUACCUCACAAAUUUUAAUUCUACUGCUCAUUAAAUUACCUACAUAAUGUUGCACACUGUGCUUUGUCUAACCUAAGUAUUAUUUACAAAAUCGUAAUGGCAGGAGUAAAAAAAUAUUAAUGAACCAUGGGGUGUUUUAUCCGCUUAAAAAAAAUGCCACAAGCGCAGGGCCUUUGUGGGUGCCCAAAAACCUGAAGAGCUAUGGUCUCCGAGUCAAAUGGUGCUUGGAUGAGCUAUUGGUGCUCUGGGCCUUUGUGGUGCCCACAAUUUUGAAAUUAAUAAUAAUAAUAAUAAUGUGCUGCAUGCAUGCAUGAUGGGUCGGCUGCCCAGAUUUCGGUACCCGAUAUUUGUUGAACAAAAACCUUCUGGCUGAGGCGUGCACACACAAAAUUUUCUGUGUUGCUUGUGAUUUUUUAUUUGUCUGCUUAUAAAUGUAAAGGACUUUUACCAAUGCAUGCAGUGGUGAUAUUUGUGCAAUGUCUGUUUUGUGCUUCAGUGAGCAGAGGUAGGUUUGAACUGUAACCAAGAAUCAAUAGCUUUUACAGCAUUGUUCACAUGUAGACGUGUACUGAACUUGAAUAAAGACCAUAGUAAUCUGUGACAAAAAUAGCAACUGGUUUUUCCAGUGUUGAGUAAAGGAGUGAGCUGUUGUUGUACCAUUCAUUGCUUGAGGAAGUAGGCCUGACAUGUACAUGUACAAACCUAAGGCUUACAACUUACAAGUUGAUGGUAGUUUUGCCAUUCUUUUUAACAUUUGGCGGAAGUAUCAUGUUUGUGGUGGAAAACUUUGGCUAACUGUUGAUCCAGAUAAAGUAGGUGAGUUCUGACAUUUUGGCUGGAUUUUACAUGGUUUUUGCUUUUCAUGUGUUUCGCUUUGUUUUUGAACAUGUCAAAUGUAGCCUACGGGCCUACCAAGAAAAUUAUGCAUGAGAUUUGCCUGAAUGUUUAGCAUUUCAGUGUAUGUGAUGCACAAGUAGGUAUGUUUGUCAUAAACAUGAUCGAUGCUUUUAAAAAAUAUCAAAUUCUCUUUUUGUAAUCGAAGUCUGAAAUCCAAGUCUAUGUCUUUGGUCCUUUUUACAUUAAGGCCUACUUCCAUUAUUAUUAUUUCUGCAUAAAGGUAUUGGUCAUAUAUCAGUGUAUUGAAGAACAGUAAACGGCCGCCGUUAAUUUGUAACUCCCAAUGAGUUAGCGGGCAGUCAAUUAGUUAGUGUCAAUACAAAUGUAUCCCAGGCUGGUGUGCCGUAAAAGAGAUGGGUUAGGGCAUAGGGGUGUGCACUUAUGGGUAGUACAGGAACUGGGU